CGAACAAGACGCCAAGGAUCCAACAACCAAAACUUUCUGAUUAAUUCUCCUGUUCCACUACCUAAUGCUCUACCUCGAUUAACUGAACAAAGAGGUAUUAUCAUUAAUGAGAUAUUGCCUCACGCUGAAACAGCUAGCACCUUCCAACUUGUUCUUGGCAAAGGAAAGGAAGUAGUUGGCUGCUUCUCAACUUCUGAAGUAGCGUCAGCUACACCUACUAAGCACGAUAACCUCGACGCAACAAUUACUAUUACUGAGAUAUCACCUCAAGCUGAAACAGGCAACCCCUCUCGAACUAUGCCAAGCAAAGAAAAUAAUUUAGCUGGCUGUUUUUCGACUUUUGAAGCUCAACAUCAACUACAACCACUAAACAGCAUAACCCCCAAGCAACAAUUAUUGGUUUCACAGCAGGACAAAAUUGCCGCGACAGAGCAACUUCUUUGCCACUUGAUGUUAAAAUUGAAUUUACAGCAAAGCUUUGAUAUUAGUUCAUCAAAAGGUGCUGAUUCUUACACGCUGGUGGUAUUGGUUUGUCGUUGGCUCCAAUGUUGCCCAAUAAUCCUCCAUCACGUGGUCGCUAUGGUUAUGAGUCGCGCUCACUACACUUCUGCUUACUCAUACAAAUGUUUUCCUGAUUCAACUGCCAGCUAACCUCAUUCUUGCUAUAAGAUGAUGGGAGAUUUGGCUUGUUUAGUUUGUGUGCACACCUUGACUUCUGAAGGUACAAGUAAAAUCAAGACGCUCAUGGUCGUGUUAUGAGCGGAGCUUAUUUAACAUGGUUAUAACACUAAUAAGCUCAUGUGGGCAAGUUUUAGUAUUUGUCAUAAAUCAAUGUAUGUUUUUCGCUUGAAUUAUUGGGCCCGCGCUGGCGCAGGUUCUUCCGCCUAGUAUUGCUAUAGUCUAGUUUUCCCAAUUAAAUCAUCCCCUAGAGCUUGUCCUCCCUUCUUCUUUCUCCUUUUUUUUUCCUACUAUGUAUGAUGUAGAAAAUUGAAAAAACUACUUAUACAUAUCUGUUAAUGCGAAUGCACCAUACAAAUUGCAUUUAAGAAAUGCCAUUACUAAUCA